GCCCACCAUAGAUCCUUUUCCGUAACCAAUGUUGUUAUCCAAGAGGAAGUAUGGACCGCUUUUCCACCACCUAUUCACGCAGCUACAGGCCAUUUGAUGAAUUUCAAAGAAACAUACCUCUUCGAUGCCUAAACGGUACACAGACUAGCUCCACAAUUUUAAACGGCAGUCGAUCACCAGGCGUUGCUCGUCUCGCGCGAUGUUGGCCAUCGGAUUUGCCAACAAGCCAAACCACUUCGUUCGCAUCAAGCAUUGGCGAUACUUGUAGUAGUACAAGCACAUACGCGAUCUACCAACCACCUUUCACUCGUAGUGCGAAUGACGAUGACAGCCCGGGCUUCGCCCUACCUUGGGAUGUGUCUAAGCCAAUCAUCGAUAAGCAACGUCCUACUCCUCCUGGUAUGUGUGCCAGUAGCACCACAGCAAACCGUUUAGGGUUUUCAUUUGACGAUACAGUCACCAGUGGGUUAAGUUCAAUCUCUACCUGUGCAACCAACAAAGAUUGCACUAGCUCGUGUUCUACGGUCAUAUCAGCUGACAAAUUGAAUGCGUGUCAUGGCCUGUCGAACGGAGUGACUGAAGAUCUGACCUUUGCCACAAAAACACCCUUACUGUUUUGCGCUCCACAAGCAAGAACAUUGCCAACAAUCUCCAACGCAAUCGGGUGUAACUCGGAUAUCGGAUCCGAUCUGACGCACGGGAAUUGUCGAAAAAUCCCUGUGACCACAGAACGUGCUCUCACUGUCAAUCCAACUUCACCUCCACCAGGUUCCCAGCUCGAUUUCUCACAAAUGUAUAGCCAGGUUGCACGUAUUAACAACCAUCUGUACUUGAGCAGUCUGAAUGCACUCACCCCCGAUCGGUUGCGUCAAUACGGCAUUACACUUCUCGUUUCUGCUAUGGUCGAUCCUCCACCAGCGCAACUACGUAAUGCCGUUAUCAGUUCAAUGCACGUGCCUGUUGAAGACAUGGAAGGGGCUAAUCUUCGAGCCCACUUUGAUCGAGUUGGAGAUCGGAUUGCUUCCGAGCAGCGCCGAGGUGGUCGUACUUUGGUUCACUGUAUGGCUGGUGUGUCUCGAUCCAGUUCCCUCGUACUCGCCUAUUUAAUGCGCCAUAUGAAUAUGACCUUAGCUGAUGCCUAUCAACAUGUCCGGUCCAUUCGUCCAUGCAUCCAGCCAAAUCCAAGCUUCUGGAGGCAGCUGCUUGAGUACGAAGAACGCAUUCAUGGUAGACGAUCUGUCCGACUCCUUCCACCAGUCGGUUACAUGGGCAGUUGUGGUAUCAGUCCAACAAGUAGACUGUAUGCAGGAGAUCGCCCAUCUCCCCGAACGUCGCAUUUGGAUAUGUAUUCCCGGCCAACGUCAGAUCUGCUUCCCUACCGACCUAUUACUUCCGUGCAUUCCUUGGAUUCAGGAAAACCAUACAUUGGUUGUCGUCAGCCUUUGGGCUAG